UAUGAAUAAUUAUUUUAAAAGUAAGAUUUAAAUAUUAUGCUAACGGUAAUAUUUUGCUCCUAUUUUAAGCAUGAAACAUCGCUAAUCAUAAUAUUAACAUUUAACAGUGUCACGAGAGUGAGACUUUAUUUCAAUUUUCAAAACAGCGUGGUAUAAACUAGUUAGAAUAACUGAUUACCAUGCAAGGUAUUUUAUCUUAAGACUUCGAAGUUAAAUGGCCGAGCUUUAAGUUUAAGACGUUCUCUUCUGUUUUCACAAGACAAGAUAGUACUAGUAGAUAGAUAUUCCUCACCCUACGCUUUCUGUAGGAAACAUUGGAAUUGACCUGAGGAUGAAGUAUAUAGAUCGAUAUUAAUUCCUUAAUUUUUUAAAGUUAAUGGUAGUUAGAGAGGCUGGGAGAAUAAAAAUAGAUAAAAAAAGGCACCCGGAGAAGACAACUAAGACAAGGUUUUCCUCAGGGACUAAAAGUACGUCAAAGAUCGGAUAUGCAAGACGUUCUCAUUCAUUCUUGUCUACCCAGCUAUAUGAUGGUCCAGAGGAAUGGGUGACCAUUCUCAUCACCUCAUGCCACUUGAAACCAGAGUUUGAAAGCACCAGCCCUAUGUGCCUUGCAAAGGUUUUGGAUUCAAGAAAGAAAGAAAUCAAAAGUUAAGGUGUUGAAAAUAAUACACUUCUAAUGGCAUUCCCAUAUCUGAUUCGUCGCUUAUUUAGACGGAAACGGUUUUUUGGAUUGAUUGCUGGUGUAGGGUUGAUUUUUCUCUUAUAUCAGUUUUGGCUGAGCAUUGAACUAUCAAAACGAAGAAAUCAAGUUUUAAAACAUCAAAAUAUUGUUAGCACCAAACCAUAUCAAAAAGCUGAUGCUGUAAUUGACGUAAUUAAUGGAGGCAUCCUGAAUGGACAAAAAAAAUACCAACAAUCUAAUUUACAUAAGAAGAACUCUAAUUUACCCCAACAGUCCAUAGAGUUCCAAAAGAAAUACAGUAAAGAUUUAAAUCAGGCUCAGCAUUUGGAGCAAAUGAACCACCCAUUUGUUUUGGGUGUGCUGUCCAGCCAACAGAAGUUAUAUUUACCGAAUCAGAAAGGAAUGUUUCAGUGUAUCCAAGACAAAACUCAGAUACCUCUUGAUCAGGUCAAUGAUGAUUUCUGUGAUUGUUUAGAUGGUUCAGAUGAACCAGGCACUUCAGCUUGUGUCAACAGUAGAUUUUAUUGUACUUUUCAACCUAUGCACCAUGAAGGAUCUUUGGUAAUUGUGUCCAGCAGGGUUAACGAUGGAAUAUGUGAUUGUUGUGAUGGUAGUGAUGAGUGGCUCGGGAAGCAGCCUCCAUUUCAUGUACAAAUUUCAGAAUUGAAUCAACAUCGUCUGGGAGUGUAUCAAGUUCCAUGUCAAAACCAUUGCUCCAACAGAUGAAGCAAGUAUCUUAACUAACAUAUUUUGGAGUUAGGAAUGAGAGCUGUGUUGACAAGCUGGUGACUGAUCUAGUAAGGUGGACAAACCAUGAUGGUAGAUGAUCUGUGAUGAACAUUUUGACAAGGUACAAAAUGAACGAAGUGGAGACUUCUGUUCCUGUUCUUCCUUUGCUGGUAUCUGCAAUUUUUACAGUAACUACUACUCUAUACUCAGCCAUACCAAUUCAUUGGAGUGACCUGAACUCUCAGCCAGAAACUUUUUCAGUCUAACUCAAAACAAUUGAGACUCUCUGCAUUCUUCAGCAUCACAAGAGGAGCCAUAAUUGGCUUGUGCUUAUAAAAGUAAUGUUUGAAUGAUCCUUUUUUGUAUAUUGAGUCAUAUUUACUAAGAACACACAGUUUAAUGUCAAGUAUUCAGAAUUGUUUAGAGCCAUAGCUUUUUUUCUACCAACACUGUGUGGUAAUGUGUUGGUUUAUUGUUGAAGAGGUUAUCCUGAAGAUGCAAGUUUUUCUUUGUUUUGUUUUCUUUCAAAUGAAGAAAUUUACUUAAGAAGAAAUUCUGGACUUUUGAGCUGUGUAAAAAGAAUUUCUUUUAGUUUUAUAUUGUAAGUAAAAAUUCAUCUGGCUAUGAAAUGCAUUUGUAAUUUUUUGAAAGAUCUAUCAUUUUAAUGAUAAAAUUGGUUGUUAGGUAACUGGUGAUAAAAGUUCUUUUUAUAUGUACCUAUAGAAAGAGACAUCAAAUAAUAUAGUAUAAAAUAUUAAUAAUCUUAAUAAGUUAAAAUACAAAUUACAUCAAUAAAUGUUGGAAAUAUUCAGGUAUGUUUGAGGCUUUCCUUAACUGUAAUUAUAUUUUAUGUUUAAUAUAGAUACUUGAACUUUUCCUGUCUUGAGAUUUAUUAUAUGUGUUUAAGAAAUGGUAAUGCAUAAAUAGUGACAUCUUUUAUUGUUGCAACUAUGGUGGAAGUUGCUUGGUAUGUGAAUUGUUUAAACUUGCAUAGCAGAAUCAGUUAUAUUAUUGUAAAUUGGGUAUAUUGUAAAGGGCUUGUAUAUUUACUAAGAUAGCUUUAUGGUUUUAUAUAUUACAUUUGAUACUAGGAUACAGUUGUUUUGAAAUUAAAUACAUUUGUUAGCAUAGAGCGUGAACAGUUUCUAGUCUUUUGUGUAGUGUUGUAUUUUGCCUAGCAGCUCCACUGUAAUUUUAGUUUGAUGUUUUAUUUGUUGUUUUGUAGUAAUUAUCAAAAACAGAUUACAAACUUAGCCAUUGAUUUUUUUUUUUUCACUUGAGAAAGUUGUAUGUGGUUAUUAGGCAGCUGUAGAAUAUGUACAAUUCAUUUCAAAAAAUGUUAAUAGUUUAGAUAGAAAAAUAUUUGACAAUUUAGAUGUUUAAAAGACUAUGGAAUAGCUGGCCAUUUAAUUUUUAUAUUCUAUGUGAGAUAAGUUCUAGAAUUAAAAAGAAAAAAGAACUAAAUUAGGCUGUAAACAAUGACCUUUAAAGUUUGCUGUACAGUGUGGAAAAUCCUAGGUGAUGAUUUAUAAUUUCUGUUGUUCUUUCUGGCAACUCUUCCAGUGGCUUAGCAGUAAGUUUGAAGGUUUAUGUCACUAAAAACUGGGUUUCUAUACUUGUGAUGUACACAGCACAGAUAACCCAUUGUGUAACUUUGCAAUUAUCAACAAACAAACAUUCUGACAAUAAACAUAUACAGUUGAAGAAUGAAGUGAGAGAUCAUUGUGGAUCACUUGGAUAAUCACUGUGUAAUUGAUAGAUAGCACUCGGCAUAACCGUAAGAAGGAUAUUUUUGUCUGGCCAACUUACUAGCUUCUGUAACUAGGUUUUUUUGUUUAUUUUAUUUUUUAAUAAAGGAAUCCCAUUGGUUGUUA